AGCUGUGAAAGCAUUUACCCACUCAGACUCACUCUCAUAUACCCUCCAACCCCACUCCGAUCCAAACCCUCCCUCCCUCCCUCAGUCUUCAGCUCUCGGUCAAUGAGGGAUCAGGAGCGGAUGCAUUCAUCCACCGGCGGUCAACAGAAAAUACGGCGUUUUGCUUUUGGCCACCUGCAACCCGACACAAACCAAUCCCAAAAUGUCACCUAGGACUGUUGCCGACCAGUUGUGAGCGGAAGAUUUCAUUUCUCCUUUUUUGCCAAGGAGCCCAGUGGUCAGAGGAUGUGCAGAAAAGUAACAAGAACUGGGAAGUAGGACGAGAAGACGGAAAACCGAAGGGUUUGAGAGAGCUCUGUGACUGUUUAAAACAGAAAGAGGAACACUAACAUUUCCAUUCGGAUGUUCGAAUCACAUCACAUCACAUUAGCGACGGAACUCUGUGGAGAGAGCAACUUUUAAAAGAGAGCGUUUCUUGAUAUAACUUUGGGACAAGACUGAGGCCAGCAAAAGCAAAAGCUCACACGCGGGACGAGCGGCGGCAUGGAUAUUUUCGGCGGGGCUCCUCGGGUUUUGGGCAACCCGCGGCCCGUGGUGGCGCGGUGGGGAGCGGAGGCGACGCUCAGGUGCCAGAUCGACGGAGACCCUCGUCCGGACGUCAUCUGGGAACGUAAAAAUGUUCAAAUCCCGACCGAGGGACGGUACAGGCUCUCGGAGGAAGGGAAGGUGUACCUGCUGACCAUCGCUGGCGUCACCCUACAAGAUGCUGGCCAGUACAUCUGCAAGGCCAGAAAUAGCGUCGGUGAAACCUACGCGGCGGCGUCCCUCAAAGUGGACGGAGAGGCCCACGCACAGGAUGGCCAGUUGAUGGAGUUGAAAGUUAAUGGUGUGAAGGAGUCGAAACAAGAUAGUGUAGAAGUUAGAGGAUACCAUAAUGGCUAUAGCUCUGUGGAAAAUGGCGUCAAUUUGGAGGAAGUGAACGGUCAAUACGAGUGGAACAAAGGGCUGGGAGAGAAGCACGAUGCCAUUGAUCUGACGUCAAACGAAAGACCCCGGUUCCUCAUCAAGCCCCUGUCUUUGCGCGUGGAUCGGGGAGAGGACGCUGCCUUCUCCUGCAAAAUCUGGGGGACACCUCUGCCCGAAGUGAAGUGGGAGAAAGACGGGAAAAAGCUGAGCGACAUCUUCGAGAACUCCCACUUCAGCGUCAGCAAUCAAGACGGGGGGUGGUUCCAGCUCAAGAUCUACGGGACCCGCAUGCCGGACAAAGGCGUGUACACCUGCAAAGCCGUCAACGGCCACGGAGAGGCCCUGGCCGGAGCCGUCCUCCUUGUCGAGCCAGUGCCAGAGCGAGAGGAGAGCAGGAGGUCGUCCGGCGGCCACACCGGUAGCCAAUGGUCACCGAAGCACCGAGGCGGACGCCUCAGCUUAUCCAAGAUGAUGGAGGAGCCGCCCGUCAACGCGUCCAAGGCCAAGAAGUUCGCCGUGACGGAAGGGAAGCACGCCAAGUUCCGCUGCUACGUGACGGGGAAACCGAAGCCCGAGAUCAUCUGGAAGAAAGACGGGGUUCCCCUCGAGCCCGACAGACGUCACCUGAUAUUUGAGGACAGAGAGGGCUACUACACGUUGAAGGUCCUGUACUGUAAAGUCCAGGAUACAGGGCUGUAUGUGUGCGCCGCCUCCAACGCUCUUGGAAACACCCUGAGCGCCGUCCACCUGUCUGUAAAAAGCCCAGCUGUGCGGUUCAGGCGCCAGCUCAAAGAUGUGGAGGUUAAGGAGGGCGAUGUGGCCGUGCUGGAAUGUGAGGUACCAGAUGAGACUAUCCCAGCUGCCUGGUACCUGGAGGACCAGAGGCUGAUGCCCAGCAGUAAAUAUGGUAUGGAACAAAAAGGAACCAAACGAAGACUCACCAUCCAUGACAUCGGGACGGACGAUGACGGAGUCUACCUGUGUGAGAUGCCUGAUGGAGGGAAGAGCAUUGCUGAGCUGUCGGUUAAAGGUACUAUUGUUCGUAAACUUCCCCGGAAAUUGGAGGUCCUGGAGGGUGAGAACGCAGCGUUCUGUGUCGAGGUGGAGAGCGAUGAGAUGGAGGUCCACUGGUUCAAAGACGGACUGAAGCUGCUCGAGACACACCAGACCAUUCUCAAGUCUUUCGGCAAGACUCACAUUCUGGUCUUUGUCAACGUGGCCUAUCACGACUCGGGUGUCGUUACAUUCGUCGCGGGGAGAUCCAAGACUUCUGCGCGCCUUAAGGUCAAGGCCACCAGACACAGCCCCCCGGUCUGUCCCGUGGAAGUCCAAAUGGACGUAGACAGACCCAACAGCGCCCUGCUGACCUGGGUGCCCGCCCCCAGCAGCCAGGCCGCCACGCGCUCCAUCUUCGUGCUGGAGACGCAAGAGGUGGGUUCCCAGGAGUGGCAGAAGUGUUUCACCUCCGAGACGGCCACCUCCGCCGAGGUCAGCGGCGACAACGUGCCGUGCGAGGGCACCUAUCGCUUCCGCGUCUGCUGCAUGAACAAGUAUGGAAGAAGCGGCCACGUGGAGUUUCCCAAAGCCGUCCAUCUUGUUCCAGGUCCCAAGAUUCACAGCCCUCUCCAGGGCUGCGAAGUGGUGGAAGGAGACGAUGCUCACUUCUCCAUUGAGCUGUCGGCCCCCAUGGUUGGAACCUGGUUUUUCAAUAGCACUCAACUGCGGGACAGUGGACGCUAUUCAGUAAAGCAAACUCAAACAAGGCACUCCCUGGUGAUCCGAGAAACCCAAACAUCCGAGGACACGGCGGAGAUCACGUUCAUAGCCAACGGAGUGCGAGACUCGGCCGUGCUCAAGGUUAAACCUGCCGUGAUAAAAUUCACUCCACUGUCGGAGUCGGAGAGCAACAAGAGAGUAGACCCAGGUGACGCCAUCGUGCUGUACUGUGAAGUGUCCCACCCCUUAGCCAAAGUGUCGUGGUUCAAAGAUGGUGAGGAACUCCAGGUGACCGAUGGCCUCAACAUCCAGUCCGAUGGAAAUAUGAGGAGGAUUGUCAUCCAUUCGGCGGAUGCCUCUCAUUCCGGAGUUUAUACGUGUGAAACAUCAGGGGAUGCCAUCAAAUUCAACGUGGAUGUUGCAGGUCCUCGGGUGGAGUUCGGUCCAGUUCCAGAGGAAGAGCUCCAUAAGAGCAGCAUGGAGCUGGACCCUGUGGUGCUGCUCUGCCAUGUCUCUGCAGAGGAUGCUGAAGUAGUGUGGUUUAAGAAUGGACGCGAGAUCCAGCCGAGUGACAACAUCACUCUGCAGGCAGAGGGAACCAUGAGGAGGCUGAUCAUUCGCUCUGCAGAAACUUCGGAUGCCGGAAGCUACAAAUGCCAGGCGGGAAGCAACGGUGUGGAGUUUGCAGUGGAUAUCAGAGAGCCUCCAGUCAUGAUUGUAGAACCAAAGGAUGACAUGGUCGUGGAGGGUUACGUAUCGGAAGAGAUCCAGUUGCAGUGCGAGUUAUCACGUUCGAGCGGGAGCGUGAGAUGGCUGAAAGAUGGCCGGGAGGUGCAGGAAUGUGACAACAUCCAGUUGAUAUCGGAGGGUCCUUACAGAAGGCUGACCAUCCUCUGUGGCUCAAGGGAGGAUAGUGGGGAGUAUGUCUGUGAAACUGAUGGAGACUCUGUCUUUUUUCAGCUUACUGUCAAAGAUGCACCAGUUCGAGUUAUUUGUCCCUGUGAGUCGGAGGUGGAAAUGAGCGUUUUGGCCUCAAAGAGGCUGGAGCUUAGCUGUGAGAUUUCCAAGUCUGACGCUCCAGUUCUGUGGUUCAAAGAUAGUUUAGAGGUAGAGGAGAGUUCAAACUUGAUAUUGGAGGUGGAUGGGGCCAAACGUCGGCUGGUUAUACCUUUGACCACAGUGGACGACACAGGAGAGUAUGUAUGUGACACUGAAGACGACUCUGUGGCCUUCUUGGUCAGUGUUACAGAGCCACCAGUGGUGCUUACGCGCCCUGAAAACAAACCUGACAGACUGGACACCUGUGCCGGCAAACCAAUUGUUCUGGAGACAGAGGUGUCCCGGGUGACGGCAGAAGUCAAGUGGUGGCUAAAUGGCAUAGAAGUAAAGCCAAGUGACAAUGUCACCAUCACAGAGGAUGGCUCAAUUCGUCGCCUGACCAUCCACAAUCCCACCCCAGAGGAUUCUGGGGUGUAUACCUGCAAUGCCAUGGAUGAUAAAAUAGAUUUCCAAGUCAAAGUGUCAGAGCCACCAGUGAAGAUCUUGAGAAAGUCGGAGAUCAACACAGAUCUAAAGUUUCUGCUAUCGGAUGACAUCGUUCUGGAAUGCGAGCUCUCCAGAGCCAAUACCGUGGUCAAAUGGUACAAGGACGGCCGUCGAGUCGAAGGCAAUGACCGGUUCUGUGAAGAGGAAGAAGGGGCUUUUCGAUCGCUCGUCAUCCUCAACGCUGAGCUCAGCGAUUCAGGGGAAUACUUCCUGGAUGUCGGAGACGACAGCAUCAGCUUCCAGGUUACAAUUGAAGAGCCUCCAGUAACCAUUGUAGGGAACUCAUAUGACCCCGACUACCAGGAAAUGGUGGCAGGCAAUGACCUCAUCCUGGCCUGUGAGGUGUCCCGGGCCAAUGCCCCGGUGCAGUGGUACUGUAACGACAAGCUGCUUACCAAUGAUUCUCGUACCUACAUUGAGAGCUACGGUACACUGAGGAAACUUAUCAUUUCAAGUAUGCAGCCCACUGAUUCUGGAAAGUAUGUGUGUGAUGCCAUUGAUGACAAGAUGAUCAGCAUAGUCAGGAUCCAAGAUCCUCCAGUUACUUUUGUUAACAAGGAGGAGGACGUCGUUGUGACGGGGUACGAGGCAGAGGCGGUGACCUUCUCCUGCUACGUGUCCAAGGAUAGUGCCCAAGUUCGGUGGAUGAAGGACUGGACACUCGUCGAGGGUGAACGUUUCCGAGCUCUGAUGGAGGGCCAUAAACGCACCCUCACCAUCGAGCCUUUGAGGCGAUCCGAUGCUGGUGAAUACACUUGUGAUGCCAACACAGACCAGGCCCGCUUCAGUCUGCUGGUGAAAGAAAUGAGGAUUAAAUUUGUGAAGCCCCUCCGAAACACGGUGGCCCAUGCCGACGGCAUGGUGACGUUGCGCUGUGAGGUUUGCAAACCAAAAGCAGACGUCCAGUGGCUGAAAAACGGCGCAGAAGUGGUCCCUAGCAGGAGGUUCACCAUUCGGGCAGAUGGGGUUGAGAGGAGCCUGACCAUCCACCGUUUAACUCGAGAUGAUGCGGGCGAAUACAUCUGCGAGUCCAGAGAUGACCGGACCACUGCGACGUUAAGAGUAGAGCUGCCCCGGGUGGUAGAGUUCCUCACCGAGCUUCACAACACCACUGUGCUGGAAGGUGAAGACGCCACGUUCAAGUGUGUCGUUUCCCCCGAUGACGUGCAGCUGAUCUGGCUCAUGGAUAAUGAGCCCAUCACCUUGGGGGAUCGUUUCCAGGCGACCCAGAACGGAUUGUGUCACACUUUAGUCAUCAAAAAGUGCCAGAUGUUAGAUUGCUCAAGGAUCACAGCAGAGGCCGAAGGAAAGAUGAGCAAAGCCAGCCUCAAAGUGCAGGAGGCUCAGAUAAUGUUUACUAAGAAGAUGGAUGCCGUUAUGGCGGAGGAGCUCGGCGAGGCCACCUUAGAGACGGAGAUCAGCCUGGAGACCGGUGAGGUCCAGUGGAUGAGGCAGGGGGUGGUCAUCAUGUCCGGGCCCAGACACACACUGGCCCAGGACGGCUGCAAGCGCAGCCUCACCAUCCACAACCUCACUCUGUCGGACCGAGGAACCUACCGCUGCGAGACUCUGCACGACCGGACACAGGUCAAACUCAAUGUAGAACCCCGGAAAAUAUCCAUCCGCAAAGGCCUGACCGACCAAGAAACCUUCGAACGAGAGACCGCCUCCUUCGAAGUGGAGAUCUCCCACACGGACGUGGAAGGCGUCUGGCAGAAGGACGGCAUCCGAAUCAAGCCAAACAGCCAGUGGCGCGUGAGCACCAACGGGCUCGUCCACGGUCUCACCCUGUCCAAUCUGACUCUGGAGGACACGGGCACCAUCGUCUUCUCAGCUGAAGGGGUGCGCACCACUGCCAGGCUCACAGUUAGAGAGACACCGGUGUCCAUCCUGAAACAUCUGGGUGAUGUACGCGUAGAGGAAGAAUUCCCUGCAACUCUGGAGUGUGAAUUCUCCAGACAAAAUGUUGAAGUCAGAUGGUUUAAGAAUGGGUCUGAGCUGAAACCCGGAAAGAACUGUCGGAUCUACUCGAUGGGUCGGAAGAGGUUCUGCCAGAUCCUGCAAUGCGCCCCAUCUGACUCGGGAUCCUACACGUGCGACACGGGGGACGUCCGCACAUGCUGUUCCUUGGACGUUUACGAACACGAGCUGGAGAUAGUUCAAGACCUGGAGGAUCUCUACAUCCAAGAGGAUCAGAAUGCCGUCUUCAUGUGCGAAGUUUCUCUGGAGGACGUCGGCGGGGAGUGGUACAAGGACGGCCACAAGAUCCGCCCCACCAGCACGACAAAGAUGCGCACUGAAGGGACCAAACACUUCCUACUGAUGUGUAACGUUAAAGCAGAGGAUGCUGGGGAAAUCCGUUUCGUUGCCAGGGAGGUCGAGUCAACAGCCCUCCUCGAGGUUGAAGAGCUUCCGGUUUCCAUCGUGAAGCCCCUGCGGGACCGAACGGCCCUGGAGAAGCACCGCGUCAUCCUGGAAUGCACCGUGUCAUCGCCCCGCUGCUGCGCCACCUGGUACAGGGGCGGGCGGGAGCUGGUUUCCUCGGAUCGCCUGGAGAUCGUGGACGACGGCUGCUCCCAAAAACUGGUGAUCCACCAGGUGGACGUUGAGGACGAGGGCACCUACAGCAUCGAGGUCGGGGAGCACACAUCCAGCGCCAAGCUGAUGGUUGAGGCCCAGGCCCUCGUGGUGGUAAGAGAGCUGGAAGACGUGGAGGUGGCAGAGUCGGAACCGGCCUCUUUCCAGUGCGAGGUGUCCGUCGCCAUAAAUAAGCCCCCAGUUUGGACUCUGAACGGAGCAACCCUUCAGCCAGGCCCUUCCGUCCGCCUGGAAAACCAGGGGACGGUCUACAAGCUUACCCUGAAGGAAACCAACGCGGAAAUGAGCGGGAUUGUGAAGUUUACCAUGGGCAAGGCAAAGAGCAGCGCCACGCUCAGCGUGCUCGGCGAGUAGGAGGCAACAAGCAUGCCGAGCCCCGAAGUCAGUCCGAAAGAUCUUAAAAUUCCUCCCGUUUCAGACUCAAAGCUUGAGUGGGAUUAGACGCGACAUGCUUUUCUUUUUUUUGUACAUUGUAGAUAAAAUUUACUAAUGUCUAGAGAUUUUUUAGUUGAUUUCACUGAAAGUUCUUGGAUGAAAAGCUCCAAAUAAAUGAAUAACCAUUGUCAAUUACCCUACUGACUUGAGCUCAACACCAGUUGAUGUUUGGCGAGGAAAGGUCUGUAAUUUUCUAAUAAUC